CGGUUGGCAAAAGGUCGGCGAAAGGUACUCUCGUGGCUUGUUCAUGGAAAAGACGUGAAACUAUCCGAAAACUACGGGCUGUAUUCAGGUUGGACCACAGAUUUCUUCCGUGAUAUCACAGAAUGAACAUAUCUCGAUAGACCGUCCUUUGUGCGCGUCCAUCGAUCGCUACUGAAGACGGAACGGAGUAAAAUCGAGCAAGGGUGCAGCGGACAUUAUGUCUUCGGACGGUUUGAAGGCGAUGGAAGUCACGGCAGAUAAGGAGAAGUUUGGGAGCAAGGAUUCGUUAGGAAAUAGAUUGUGGAGAAGUGCUGAAAUGGAGAAUCUCCAUGUAAAAGAAGACCUUAGUGCCUUUGCAAUGCCAUGCAUUGACUAUACGCAAUCCACAGCUGAUGGCUUACCACAGGAGCAACAGUCAUCUAGGGAGUGGGUCUUGGAAUGGAACAGAAAAAGUGACACAAGUGAAGUUGAACAGUAUUUACAACAAAUGCAGCGUUCACGCAGCUCAUCUCAGCCAGAUUAUAAUUCAGAUUCUCCUACUGGGAGUUUUGCACGUAGUAGCUCAGUGCCAAGAAAUGUAGUUUCAGGGGAAGAGCAGAUGGAGAGUGAACCAUUUGAAAUCCAAGACUUGUCAUGUUCACCUGGAAAGAAGUUUAUGGAGCUGCGGCAGACCAUUGGAGAGGUGACAUCUGAUGAAGGCAUUGCUGAUGAUGAACCAAGAGGAAAUGAAAGGGUCUUUGCACGAGGAUCAGAUAGUGAUGAUAUGCUUCUGGAUGAUGCGAUGACAGAUUUGGGGGAGCACUAUAUGUAUACUAACUUCCUUAAGUCCAGAACAUGCUAUGACAUCAUGCCAAAAAGCUCCAAGAUUGUGGUAUUUGAUACUAAGCUUAGGGUGAAAAAAGCAUUUUUUGCGCUGGUUGCAAAUGGUGUGAGAUCAGCUCCUCUUUGGGACAGUGACAAACACACUUUUGUUGGAAUGCUGACAAUUUCCGACUUUAUUAACAUUCUUCGCUAUUAUUAUAAGUCACCACUGGUCCAAAUUGACGAGUUGGAGGAACAUGAUAUCCAAGCUUUUCGAGAAUUUGAGCAAUCCAAUUUGAAAGCUGGCCUGGUUAAAAUAUCCCCAAUGCAGAGUCUCCUGGAUGCUGUCAAGACUCUGGUAGAAUAUAAAAUACAUCGGCUUCCAGUGGUUGAUCCAUCCACUGGAAAUGCUCUUUAUAUCCUCACUCACAAAAGAAUUCUGCGCUUCAUGUUUUCAUCCUUAACACAAACCAGCCCACCUGAAUUCAUGAGUAGCACCCUCCAAGAACUAGGAAUUGGAACAUAUCAAAAUGUUGCAAUGAUAUCUCCUGAGACUCCAUUGAUAAAAGCCUUUCACAUGUUUGCUGAAAAGAGAGUUUCUGCUUUGCCAGUUGUGGAUGAUAACGGUGUUGUCGUUGAUAUUUAUGCAAGAUUUGACGUCAUUAAUUUGGCUGCUGAAAAGACGUACAACAAUCUGGAUGUGACUGUAAAACAGGCCCUGCAACACAGAUCAGAGGGAUUCGAAGGAGUUCAUAAAUGUUACUUAGAUGAAACUCUUCACACCAUAAUCGAUAGAUUGACCGAUGCGGGGGUUCAUCGUCUAGUUAUUGUUGACAAAGACAAUCGCUGCAUUGGAGUGUUGUCGCUGUCAGAUAUCCUCAAGUUUUUGGUUUUACGGCCUCUGGCAUCAAGUCACCUGAAUCAUUCCCAUGGUUCAAUGCAGGCUUCAGCGUAAUCGAUUGAUCAGGAAAUAAAUACAGUAUUUGUGUUGGCAUAACAGGGGGAAGAUGGAGAUUCUAUUCUUCAAGAAGCGUAAAUAUAAACAGGGAAAUAAGACUGAGCCGAUGAGGCUGUUAGCUGACGAUGGUAUUUUAAAGAUAAAAGGUGAAAUGAUCUGUUUUCCUUUGGAACGAGUAGGCCUCCUUCAACGAGACGUUCCGUAUUUACACGCUUCAUUGUAACAUUUAUUUGACUCGUAGACAUUUCCUAAAAAUACCAUGAUUCUCUUCAAUUUGGAGGCUCGGCUUGUCACGCAUGCCUCCCUAACGAGCGUGAGGGAGGUAAAAUUGCGUGACGAGUCUAAAGAGUGUCUGCGUAGGAAGCUUGUUUUGCGUGACACGCACAGCUCCACGGAUAAAGCUCAUUGUAAAUGCACACCUCCGGAAUACGGGGAAGUAAAAGGUGUAUUGUGGUGUUUUUAGGAAAGUGCUAUAGAGAGCCUUGGCAUGUAAUGGCGUCACGAUUCUGUCUUACCCUCCUCCACGGACAUUUCUCAGAGAGACUGAAAAGUAGAGAGGAAGCUGGGAGAGAUUGAAGGGUUUGAGGAGGGGUGGCCAUCAGAUAGGGUGAUCCGAAGGUGUUGCUUAGCAUUUCUAAGGCGGAAUAUCCGAUUAGAUUGUACGGGGCUUAAAAAAACGAGUCGGAGUAUAGAAACGUUUUGGUGAUUGAGUUUUAGCAACUUUCUGCAUCUUAGGUUUGGUGAUUAUUUUUGGCAAGGGAAAGCGGCUACCUACCAUCAGAGCACCCCAUCUGAUCGAAUCCGCAACGAGGUCGUUGUUUCGGACUUCGUAGACAGCAAUCAGAAGUUUAAUGUUUUAUUUUGCCUUUUGACACGCUUCUUCUCCUCAAGGAUGUUAUUUUGAUGUUUAUAGUUUAAUAAAACGGACUUAGUGAUGUCCAGAACUUCUGGUUGCUUGAGGUUCUCCUUGGAAGGAGGCAGAAAUUAUAAAUGGUCGUUCCUCGUAUUCUUUUCACCCAGUCGUCUUUAUUCCCCCGUGUCAAUUUUCGUCAGCGAGGACUGGGGACGAUUCAGCUUCUCUCUCGGUCGAGUUGUCUGUGGAGGAGGUUAAUUUAGCUUUAUGCUUGGCCUCGUGUACAGAAUAAGAAAAUGUUUGGCCCAUAGAUUUAAAAAGCGUAGUGUGAAAUGCUGCUAAUCAACGCUUGGCAUUUUGUAGUUGAGAUAAUUAUUAGUUAAACUGUAGAAAGGAGUUUAUCGUUGCUGACCUCGUCAAAAGUAGAAUACGAUUAUGAAACGUGGACAUGUUGUAAGCUGGACAGAAAUGUAUUAGAGUGAUUUCAAAUCGUCUGAUGCAAGUAGUAGGCCAUUUCCGAGUGGCCAAAAACAGUCUUUGUGCGAAACCAUUCAUAUGACAAUGCGUUCCGCCUA